CUUUUUUUCUCCACUCAUCAAAUUCAUCAAUAUUAUUUUAUUUUUCUCACAAACAACUUGUCAACUCAAGAAUGUCAGCCAAAGCAAUUCAGAGACUCACCAACGCGGGAAUCGUCUUGGCCAUCGGGUCAGCCGCUGUACAGGCUAGUCUUUAUGACGUCAAGGGUGGGCAGCGCGCGGUUAUUUUCGAUCGUAUCCAGGGAGUUAAGCAGACUGUUGUUGGCGAGGGCACCCAUUUCCUCGUUCCGGGACUGCAGCGGGCCAUUAUCUACGACGUGCGCACACGCCCGCGCUUGAUUUCGACCACAACCGGCUCCAAGGAUAUGCAGAUGGUCAGCCUGAGCCUUCGCGUUCUCCAGCGCCCGAGCAAGGAGAACCUCCCGCGCUUGUACCAGAACCUGGGCCUCGACUAUGACGAGCGCGUGCUUCCGUCGAUCGGUAACGAGGUGCUCAAGUCGGUCGUUGCGCAGUUUGACGCCAGCGAGUUGAUCACCCAGCGCGACAUUGUCUCGGCACGCAUUCGCGAGGAGCUUGUCAGCCGCGCACAGGAGUUCAACAUUGAGCUCGAGGACGUAUCCAUUACGCACAUGACGUUUGGUAAGGAGUUUACCGUUGCUGUCGAGAAGAAGCAGAUUGCUCAGCAGGAGGCCGAGAGAGCGCGCUUUGUCGUCGAGAAGGCUGAGCAGGAGAAGCUGGCUGCCAUUAUUCGCGCUGAGGGCGAGGCCAUGGCUGCUGACCGCAUUUCAUCGGCUCUGUCGAAGGCUGGCCCUGGUCUUGUCAAGCUGCGUCGCAUUGAAGCGUCGCGCGAGAUUGCCGAGACCCUGGCUGCCGCUCGCAACGUGACGUAUCUGCCGUCUUCAGGAUCGCAGGGAUCAAACAACCAGAUGCUGCUGAACAUCGGCUCUGCUUAAAACGAACUUCGUUUGCUCAGUUGCCUCUUUUAUGUUCUGUGCCAUUUUUCAAAGUUUUAUGAAGCAGCUCCCGACUUGUAUUGCACAAUCAAUAAAACAAAAGGGUUGUAUAAAAUUAUUGAUCAGCGACUUUGCUCGCUCGGCUGUGUUUUUUCUAGCUGCUGCCAAGACUUUUUGUACCCAGCCAGCCUCCGUUCCCGAAUGAAGGCGGGUUUGCUGUGCCCAGAGUGUAAAUUUCCAAGCGCCAAUCACGCGCUUGCUGAUGGCUGCAUUCACGGGUCUUGGCAAUGGAAUAAAAAAGGGCUGCGUGUCACUCGAUUUUGUCAGCAACCAAAAUAAAAAAUUACAAGCUGCGACACGCAUUGCU